UGACAUUCAUUGCAGCACUCUUUUCCGGCAGUGAGAGCAGGAAGCGAAGAGGGCAGGCGAAACCCGACAAGAGCAGAACCGAGAUACCAGAGGAAAAUACUUGUUUAUUUUUGUCUUUAUACGUACCGCUAAGGCUUUAGCCGCAGCCUGCUUGCUGUAAAGUUUUAUACGCGCUGGUUUUCAUUCGUCUACAUUUUAUCUGAAUGAAGUGGAAUGGCUGAAGUGCCGUCUGGGCCUAGUAGCGCAUUGCCUGCAUCCCCGGCUGAAAUGCUACCUUUCGCUGGGAGUGGAUUUGUAGGGUGCGUGGAAUCGGAGGAUCGGGGGUGCGGGCGAGCAGAUACUUCAGCUGCAGUGACAAGACAAUCGCAAACGUGUGAUGGGAAAGGAGCGAAUAAAGCGAACCGGAAUCAUCUGUUUUCCCUUUCGGCAGCCAUGCACUUCCACACACAUACGCAACCGCAGCAGCUGAACGGCUUAAUCGGCAGCACAGAGGACGACCCCCUCGUCAUCCACCAGAACGACGUCCACAGUAACCCUAAUACUCAUCAUCCGGCUCACAGAACGCCAGAGUGCGCAGGAGAGCCCUCGAUGCCCGGCGAGGGUAGGGAAGGCAAUGUAGAGAACAACAAUUUUUGCGACAGAAAUAGUACCGGUCAAGAGUACAACUCGUGUUCAAAAAGCACUUCCUCCCAUUCAAACAACAACAUAAAGAAUAUGCCGACUAUUUCUAGGACUGAUGGCCGCCCAAACCAGCUCGUUGUUGGAGACGGGGUGGUUAGGACUGAUAACCUUACGUCUAUAGACAGAAAGAUAACAGAGGAUGGGGAGGAAGCCGAAGUACGACGGGCCGACGUGGAGUCGGAUACGGGGAACACGCCUGUGUUGGACAUGGAGAGACUAAGCCUAAAUUCUCUGCCCGAUCGAGGAGGGCAGGGCGACGACGACAUCCGAUACGUACGAUACGAGUCGGAGUUGCAGAUGCCAGACAUAAUGAGGCUAAUCACCAAGGACUUGUCCGAGCCCUAUUCCAUUUACACAUACAGGUACUUCAUACACAACUGGCCGCAGCUCUGCUUUCUGGCUAUGGUGCAUAGCGAAUGUGUGGGCGCCAUUGUGUGCAAACUGGACAUGCACAAGAAGAUGUUCCGUCGGGGCUACAUCGCAAUGCUCGCUGUGGACUCCAAGUUUCGCAGGAAAAGCAUUGGUACUAAUUUGGUGAAGAACGCGAUCUAUGCCAUGGUCGACGGCGACUGCGAUGAGGUAGUGCUGGAAACGGAGAUCACCAACAAGUCAGCGCUGAAACUCUACGAGAAUCUGGGCUUUGUGAGGGACAAGCGCCUCUUCCGCUAUUAUUUAAACGGGGUGGAUGCACUACGACUGAAACUGUGGCUGCGCUGAACCCCGACACCUCCACCCCUGCAGUUUUUUUUUCUUUUUUUUUUCUCGCCCUUCUCACCCCACCCAGCCCCCACCGCCACUCUCUCACCAGCCUGGACUCAGGUUCAUGGAACAGAAUUCUUAGCCAACGACAAAUAGAAAAUGGAAGCUAGGAAUUUAAUAAAUAAAAAGACUCAACGCAGACUUGCUAGGUGAGACACUCAGAGUUGCACUGGAGGUCGGGGUCUGUGAAGUUGCCCAUACAGAGUUCAACAUAAAAGACGCAAAAGGUCAUACAAUCAGAUUGAUGUGGGCAGCAGCGGAACAGAUGGGCCCUUUUUACUCCUGAUUUUACAAACUCCAGUAAUAAGAAGAGGGAACUACACAGAAUAUAAAGCAAGUGAUAAGAACAAGAAAAAGUUAAUAUCAUGGAAUUUAUUUUUAAUGCAUUUUUUUCAUUUUUAUCCCUUGAGCUGAAGUGUGUGCGUGAGGGAGGUGAGUAUGCGAGUGUGUGUUUACAGAGAUAUGGGCCAGGUAUUAGUUCCAUUGCAGUGUGUGUGUUUGUUCCUCCGUGUUGAGAUCCCUUUGGAAUGGUGCUCUGUUCUCGCCGUCCUUCUGUCUGCUCUGGUUGAUGCAGUGAGCAUCUUGCGGCCCUAAGAUCGAGGGAGAUUCUACAAAUACUCUGUAAAUGUUCUACUUUUUUGAUGGACAUGACCAAGUAGAAUGAGAAAACUGCAAACACAUUAUUCUGUGUACCGUGGCCAGCUAAUGGAAUGUUUAACAAAACAAAAUCUAAUAGAAUAUUGUUUUGAGGUCACUCUUUGGUGUGCUCCAUAAAUUGUCCUUUGAAUGAAUUUUACUUAAUCAGUGGUGUGGGUUUUUUUCCCUCCUCUUUUUAAUGGUUGGUUGAAAAUGCAUUUAGGAUCAAGGAAGGUUACAUGUCGUACUGAAUCUGGAAUCAAACAGGAACUGUACCAAGUGUCUGCGGCGGUCACUGUCGCUGGGAGGUGGCUGUGGGGUUCCAGCAUCUAUGUUGUUUUAUGGUUGCGUUUGGAUUCUCUACUACCUCUUGAUCUGAUCUUUUCUCCAUGAGAGCAAACAAACAAAUCUCAAAGCAGAGGUGGCCCCUCCUCUUUAAAUUGCCCUGCUCUGUACUGUGCCAUCCUCGCGUUCCCAGUCAGUUUAUGGUGACCUGCUGUGGAAGCAGGAUGCACUACCUUGAAAAGUUCAAGUAUUAAAACUAAGAAGAAAAUAUGUGCACAUGAAUGCAUUCUAAUCCUGGCAAAUAAAAAAAAAAAAAAGAUUA